AUGGGGCCUCCCAAAGACAGAAAGCAGAUUCUGGCCAAUCUGCGCGCCCAAAUAUCUUUGGGCAAGCCCAUUGUCGGGGCCGGGGCCGGCGUCGGGCUUUCAGCGAAAUCCAUCGAGGCCGGGAAUGGGGACCUCAUUGUUGUCUAUAACAGUGGGCGAUUUCGGAUGGCGGGCUGCGGUUCUCUGUGCGGUCUGAUGCCGUAUGGCAACGCCAACGACGCCGUUGUGGCCAUGGCAAAUCCUUUCCGCGAUAUUCCCAAAUUUCUCAAGACCCUGCAAGAAAUGGGCUUUGCGGGCGUGCAGAACUUUCCGACAGUUGGCCUCAUAGACGGUCAAUUCCGCGCAAACCUCGAGGAAACGGGUAUAUCAUACGACCAAGAGGUUGACAUGGUGCGCAUCGCCCACUCCAUGGGCCUGCUUACGACGCCCUACGUGUUCAAUGCCGACGAGAGCAAGAAGAUGGCCAACGCAGGGGCCGAUAUUCUAGUCGCACAUAUGGGUCUGACGACCAGCGGAUCGAUAGGCGCAGUAACAGGCAAAGACAUUGAUCAAUGCGUUGUCCAGGUUCAAGAGAUACGCAAUGCUGCGGCCAAGAUUAAUCCCGAGAUUCUUGUGCUGUGUCACGGUGGACCAAUUGCUACACCAAAGGAGGUGGAAUACGUCUUGAGCCGCACGACAGGAGUGCAUGGGUUCUAUGGCGCAAGCUCUGUGGAAAGGAUCCCGGUGGAAACAGCCAUUACAGACAUGACUUCAAGUCUCAAGGGGCUUACGAUGAGAUUGCCGAACUGA